AUGGCCUCCAAUAAUGAGAAGACAGAGUCUGGCGAGGGCCAGGGCGAUAUCACCUCGAGAAUCGCCAAGCUGGCUCGGGAAGAGUCCAAACCCGAAGACGCAGCAACCACGCCUCAGGUAGCUGGCAUGAACGAGGACGACGCUUUGCGGGACCUGGCUGGCACCGUCAGGGACCAAGACGACUUGGAGCGCGAUAUCACCGCGCAAGCCAACGCAGCUUUGGCCGAGCAGGAGGACAAGAAGGACCAGAACCGCAUCGACAAGCUCAAAGCAACCCGCCAGCGGGUGCAAAACAAACUAGACAAAGAGAAGAUAGAGCUCAGGAAAUGGGUCAACAAUCCCUACAAGACUCGACAAAUACAACCAGUCAUCGACGAUCUGGAAACUGAGAUCCGGCAACUCGACAGUGACAUUGCCGACUUCGAAUCGCGCAUGAAGAAGCGCAACGAAGAAGUCGCCGUCGAAGAGCAAGGCGGGAAAUCGCAGAGACACCCAGGAGAGAGCAAGCGCGACUUCUUGGUGCGAACUGGAAAGAUCACACCUUUUGCGAAUGUGGGCGGACCACGCCCCGUCGGAAUGGAGGGCAAUUUGGCCGGCGCGAUCUUGGAUGCCGAAGACGACGCUGCGACCAACGAUCUAGAUGAGGGAGAUGACGAAGGACCGGUCUCACACGUGCAACUGCGCCGACCAGGGUUUGCAGAGGACGCUACCCGAGAGAAGAGAAAGCCGGACGACACAACGACGUUUGCCCAGAAUGAGUUUGGCAUGCGUCCGAGGAAAAAGCAAAGACAAGAUCCAGACUCGAGUCCGACUGCCGAAUUCGUGCCAAGUGAUGCUGAAUCGUCCGAUGCUGAUGCCCAUGUCGGCAUAUGGCAGCAAGGCAACGAGGAUGAUCUGGUUCGGGAGCAGAAGCGCAAGACAAAAGCCACGGCAAAAGCCCGAGGUGCAAACGUGGUGGAUCUCAGCAGGCUGGACGACGGAAACGAAUCAAUCUACCAGAAGCGACUCAAGGAUUGGGUCACCAGACGCAGCCAGGCGCGACGGUCAAGACGUCAGGGAACAGAGCAGGAAGGUUACGAGAGCGAUCCCGGAGAGAGGGAGUGGUUCAAGCCAGCCCCUGAUAAACCUGAUCACAUUAUUGAUGACAGGAUCAAACUGCCCGGCGACAUCUACUCUACACUCUUUGGCUACCAACGCACCGGCGUGCAAUGGCUCGUUGAGCUCUACAAGCAGCAGGUUGGUGGUAUCAUUGGCGACGAGAUGGGCCUCGGCAAGACAGUCCAGCUGAUAGCACUGAUCGCGGCACUGCACUACAGCAAGAAGAUGAAAAGGCCUGUCCUCAUUGCAGCGCCUGCGACCCUGCUACGGCAGUGGGUUACCGAGUUCCAUCGUUGGUGGCCGCCUCUCCGAGUUUCCAUUCUGCACUCCUCCGGCAGUGGGAUGAUGAAUCCUGAGCGUGAGGAUGACUUUGAUCUGGACACCAUGAAGAAGGGCUCUAGAAUGGGAGCCAGUGCGAAAGCUGUCCGAAGAAUCGUUAACAGCGUCGUUGAAAAGGGUCAUGUUCUUGUCACAACGUAUACGGGCUUGCAGACCUAUGCAGACGAGCUACAGAGCGUCGAGUGGGAGUAUACGGUUCUCGACGAAGGUCACAAGAUUCGCAACCCAAACGCUGAGAUCACCAUCACCUGCAAGCAGCUCUACACCCGGAAUCGCAUCAUCCUUUCCGGCACACCCGUGCAGAAUAACUUAACCGAGCUCUGGUCACUGUUCGAUUUCAUUUCACCGAUGCGUCUCGGGAAUUUGAUGGAAUUCCGAGAGCAGUUUGAAAUCCCCAUCAAGCAAGGCGGCUACGCGAAUGCCUCCAAUUUCCAAGUCGUGCAAGCUGAGCAGCGGGCUGAGAUCCUCAAAGACUCCAUUAGCAAAUACUUGCUGCAACGACUGAAGAUUGACGUCGCCGCCGACCUACCGCCAAAGACUGAACAAGUGCUGUUCUGCAAGCUCUCGGAUGGACAGCGAAAGGCGUACGAAGAAUUCCUCAAGUCGGACGAGGUCUCGGCCAUUCUCGAUAAACGACGUCAGUCACUCUACGGCAUCGACAUUCUGCGCAAGAUUUGCAACCACCCAGACCUUCUAGACAAGAGCAAGAGCGGCAAGCAUGGCUACGAUUACGGCAGUCCCCGGAUGUCUGCUAAGUUGCAGCUCACCAAAGACCUCUUAACAAAGGUCAUGAUCCCCAAUGGGCAUAAAACGCUCCUCUUCUCCCAAGGCAAGCAGAUGCUUGAUAUUAUUGAAAAGUGCAUUCGCGAAUGUGGCAUAAGUUAUGUGCGCAUGGAUGGAGACACACCCAUCGACCAGCGCCAGGACAUGAUUGACAAGUUCAACGAAACCCCAGAAAUCCACGUCUUCCUCAUGACUACACGCACAGGUGGCCUGGGAACGAACUUGACGGGCGCCGAUCGCAUCAUCAUCUUUGACCCCGACUGGAACCCUUCCACGGAUCUUCAAGCUCGCGAGCGCGCCUGGCGUCUUGGUCAGACGAAACCCGUCAAGAUCUAUCGCCUCAUGACCGAGGGCACCAUUGAGGAGAAGAUCUACCACCGCCAGAUCUUCAAGCAGUUCAUGACCAACAAAGUCCUGAAAGAUCCCAAACAGCGCAGCUCGUAUGACUUGUCUGACCUGUACGAUCUUUUCAGCUUUACACCCGGUGAUGCAGCUCCGGGUCAACGGGGUGUUCAUUUCCAGGGCGCCGAGAUCGACCUCCAGAGUUCCACGGAGCAGCCAACCAAGGGCUCGCACGCUGGCGAAGGCAAGACCGCAGCGGACCAGGACCAGGACCAUGAGAAGGAGGCACUCGACAAGAUGAAUGGAGUUGCCACCGUGGAAGAGUUCAGAGAGACCAAAUCUGUCCACGACGAGAAGCGGAUGCUGGAAGGCAUCUUCGCACGCACUGUGGGCAGCGCAUACGACCAUGAGACCAUUGUCAGCGGCAAGGGCGUCGCUCCCGACAUCAAAGAUCUCCGUCAAGCCGCAAAAGACGAGAGCCGCUCAGCGGCGGCUCAUUUGCAGCGCGCGAGUCGCGAGGCUGACAGGGUACCCAUCGGCCAGCUCACCUGGACGGGGGAAGUUGGGCAACGACCAGCGAACAGGAGGAGAGGAGGGCCUAGUUCAGCGGGCGUGAUGAGCAAUAUCGCUGAGCGCCAAGGCCUGGGCUUCAACGGCAACGGUGCCAACCAGAAUUUGAAGGCUAAAGACUUCGUUCCCCUGAUCAAGGAGUUCAUCAACCGCCAGGGCGGCAAGGCCGUGACGAAGAUGCUGGUGGAUCAUUUCGGCCAGUACUGCAAGACAGAGAAGCAGAAUGCCGAGUUUAGAAAAGCCCUCGAGACUUGCGCAGAGAUCUCACAGCGUGGAAGCUACGGGAGGUCUUUGUGGUCAUUGAGACCAGGCCUCAAAUAG